AUCGUGCAUCAUAUCUGCCUAAGACUCAAAUCUCCAUUUCAUCCCCGAUCGAAUCUAGAUUUGAUUUCCAGAGGCAGAGCCCAUCUCAAGAAUGGGUUUUGAGACAGGAAAUGCGAGAGAAGACACACCCCUUGUCGGGGAUGGAAGAGCAUUGUCGAGCCAGUUCAAGACAUUCGCCAAUGUCUUCAUAGCGAUCGUCGGUGCUGGGGUUCUGGGUCUUCCCUACGCCUUCAAGCGAACCGGAUGGCUCAUGGGUGUGCUCACGCUCUUUUGCGUCGCCGCUUUGCUCAACCACUGCAUGAUGCUUCUCGUUCACAUCCGCCGCAAGCUUGGUGUCGCCAAUAUCGGCUCUUUUGGGGACCUUGGAUUCGCCGCCUGUGGCCCCCUUGGGAGGUUCCUCGUUGAUAUUCUUAUAAUCUUGUCUCAGGCUGGCUUCUGCGUCGGGUAUCUCAUCUUUAUCGGCACCACUUUAGCUAAUCUCUUCAACCCAGCCGUGAAUCUUCGGCAUUUAAUGAUGUCGUCGUCCCCUAAGAGUCUCUACAUAUGGGGAUGCUUCCCGUUUCAGCUGGGCUUGAAUUCCAUCAAGACCCUCACUCACUUGGCACCUCUUAGCAUUUUCGCCGAUGUGGUUGAUCUGGGCGCAAUGGCGGUGGUGAUUGUGGAGGAUGUCAAGAUUACAAUGGAGCAAAGACCUGACGUGGUUGCCUUUGGUGGCAUGUCCGUCUUCUUCUAUGGGAUGGGAGUCGCCGUUUACGCCUUUGAAAUUGUUGGGAUGGUUUUGCCUCUCGAAUCGGAGAUGAAGGACAAGCACAAGUUUGGCAAUGUGUUGGCUCUCACCAUGCUAUUCAUCGCCUUGCUAUACGGAGCUUUCGGUGUGUUAGGCUACAUGGCUUUCGGGGAGGAAACAAUGGACAUAAUCACGGCCAACUUGGGGCCGGGGUUGGUGAGCAUCCUUGUGCAGCUGGGACUCUGCAUCAACCUCUUCUUCACCUUCCCACUGAUGAUGAACCCUGUGUAUGAGAUCGUUGAGAGGCGUUUCUGGAGUGGUAUGUACUGCGUGUGGCUCAGGUGGCUCCUCGUCUUAGCAGUCACCCUGGUGGCUCUCUUGGUGCCCAACUUUGCAGAUUUCUUGUCAUUGGUUGGCAGCAGCGUCUGCUGUGCGUUGGGCUUCGUAUUGCCUGCUUUGUUUCAUCUGAUGGUCUUCAAAGACGAAAUAGGGUGGAAGCAACGGGCUCUGGACGUAGGGAUCGUUCUACUGGGCCUCGUUCUUGCUGUCUCAGGUACUUGGACUUCCCUGAGCGAGAUCUUCAACUGAAACCAGACACUGUAGCCUUGUAGGUAGGUGAAAGAGACUGAUUGGACAAUAUUCUUUCUUUUCUGCCCAUUUUGACGGACUGUUGUUUAAUUUGUUGGAAUCUUUAAGA